UUUUUUUGGUCCCAUUUGAAAGUGGUUGAUAAAUAACUUGGACCUUUUCCCCUCUUCCUCCUCCCUUUUUUAUUCUUUCUAUUUUACGUUAUACCUUUAAGCAGUUUCAUACUACUCAAUUCAUUUCUGUUACUUUUAUUCCAAACAUUAAUAAAUUUCUCAUCUUUCUCUUAAACUUACCUCUCCAAAUAUCAGCUGCUUUUGAGUCUUUGUACGCUUUCAACCUCUGCUUCUCAGCUCAAAAGGCUAGAGAAAACAGAUUAAAAACAAAUUAUACUAUGGGAAAGAACAAGUGGAGUAGGCAUGUGAAUCAUGAAGAUGAGGAUAUUCAUCCAGGUUGUAUGUGGGGAUUCAUACAUGCCCUUGGCUACCAUAGUUGGCACUCUCGCGUAAAGAGGAAAUCUUUGCCGCGUAUAAAUGAUGGAAGCAGCCAUAUGAGAAGCAUUCAUGAAAACUUGAUUGUCCAAGAUUCUAGUGAACUAGAAAUGCUUGUGAAUGAUGAUGAAAGUCAAUUCUUGAUUGAUAAGGGCACCAGAAAAUCAAAGGGGUCCGGCAAAAGGUCUCUAAAAGCUAAAAUAAAACAUUUAAUUGCUGAGGAGAUGCAUAAGGAGAAGAAGAAGUCCAAGCUGAAGAAAUUAGGCUCUUCUGAUCAAACUAAGUUCCAGAGAACUUGUUCAAUCCAUCAUGUUGAACCAACCGAACACGAUAUAAAUGUUCAAACUAAGAAGCGUCCUAUUAUUUUGGUUCCCGCGAAUGUGGAAAAUGGAGAAUCAGCAGAUAAGAAAUGGAUGAAGGCCAGUGAUGCAUAUGAUACUUCCACUGAUAAGAGUGCUCUAAAAUCUCAGCUUAAAGAUCAUGCUGAGUUACUUUUGGAAAUUAUAAGAGAAUCAGAAGCAGGAUAUCAGAAUAUAUCCCGUGGUCAGCUGGCUUCUAAGAAAAAGGCAAGAUUAACGAAGUCAGGAUCAUACCCCGUGUCUCAUUUGUCGCAAAAAACAAAAUUUAAACCAAUUAAGCUUGAGGACAAGAAGAAUGAAGUUUGGUCUUCUGCAAAAGGAGAAAGACCAAUAGGUGUUGCUCGAACGAGAUCUCUGUCUAAUUAUGCUAAGACUGUCUUCACAAGUUUAGGUCUCCUGGAUGAUGAUGGUGGAAACUUGAAGCUAGAGAAGUCAUCCAGCUUUGCCUGCCAUAGUACCAAAGGGGGAGCUGAUAAUAUAGAAAAUAAUGAAGAGCUCGUCGAUGAAAAAGAGGUAAAUAAGCAGGGCCCUACUGGUGAAUUUUGUGAUAAUUUGAAUGGAAAACUUCAUGAAGAGUAUGAGGUGGCCACUGAAUAUGCAAGUAAGUUCAAUGGACAUUAUGAAAUCGAUGGAUUUGACAUAAGCAAAAAUGCGAUCAUGCACAAGAGAAGUUCCUCUCUGAAUGAGUCCAUGGAUCGAUAUGCUAAAUUAUUUGAACGUGGUUCCAGAAAGGAAGUGAACUUAAAUCCUUCCAAGAGUUUGAGAUUGACUAGUGAAUACGAAGUACCACCAUCAAUGUCAUUCAGAAGGAUCCGUUCUCUAUCUUACUCCGAGUCUUGUUCUCUUCUACCAAACGUGGUGGCUGGUGAUGCCCAAUUUUCAGAAUGGCUAAUUAAGACUGUAGAGGAGAGGAACUCACGCAUGACAGCUGAAAUUGAUAAAGAAGAGAAGUCGAUAUAUGCCACUGAAAGGACUGAAUGCAAAAUGGAAAAAGUAGAAGGAAGUGAGGAUAUUAAAACCGUAGAAACUGUAACAAGCUUAAAAUCAAAGACAGAUGAAGCAGAUAAUGGAGAAGUCGAAGACCUUCCAGAGGCCAUCGAUGAGGUAAAGGAGUUCAAAACAAACUCUUUUGAAGAACGAGAGAUAAAAUGCAAUGAAUCAAUCCCAAGUGACGUCGUUCCAAAUUCAGAAAAUUGUUCCAAAGAAGACAUUUCCAGCUAUGCUGAGUCCCAAAUCUCAGAAAGUUUGGCUCUUAAGCAGAAUGUUGAUGUCAAUAUUGUUGAUGUCAAUAUUCUUGCAAAAGCAGAUCAUCAUAGCAAAUCUUACAGAAAGGAUAACGAGGACAUGUUUUAUGUGAGGGAUGUUCUUGAUCAUUCAGGUUUCUCAAAAAAUUUCUUCAAGACAACAUGGUACUCACAAAUCCAAGUGUUGGACCCUUCAGUAGUUCGAGAACUCGAGUCCUUGUGGCAUGAAGAACAAGAAUGUUGUCUAGGGGAUUUAGACUUCUGCUGUCAUCAUCAGCUACUAUUUGAUUUGGUGAAUGAGGUUUUAGUCCAAAUGUAUGACAGAUCAUUCACAUACUACCCUAAGGCCUUGUCCUAUAGCUGUCGUGUUCAUCAAUUGCAAGAAAAUCGAAUGAAUGAAGAGGUAUGCAACAAUGUUGGUACACUCUUGAGGUUGAAACCGGAGCAAGAAUCAAUCGACAACAUUGUGGAUCAAGAUUUGAAAAAGGAUGAUGGUUGGAUGAAUCUUCAGUUAGAAAGUGAAUGUUCCGCACUUGAACUAGAGGACAUGAUUUUUAAUGAUCUUUUGGAAGAACUAAGAUGUUUUUGAAUCUGCAGAGCUGCUUGUGUUUGGUUUUUUUUUUUUUUCUCUUGAUUAUUUUAUGUAUAUGAAUUUUGGUUUUGCUCAUUGUAUAUACGUAUUUACACAUUUUCAGUUGAGUAGUAUGAAGUGUUUACCUAAUGGGAAAGUAGAUAGCUUAAAUGA